UGGCAGCGGAGGGAAGAACUACGACUCCCGAGGAGGAGCGCAGCCCGCCGAUGGGAGGCCGCAGGAAGCUGUACCCGGCGGCCGCGAUCCUCACAACAUCCGGGCCUCAGCGCUUCAAAAGCACCACGGUUCAGUAAACAGGCCGCGUUUCCUGAGGGUUCGCUGAUGUCGACAUCGCUGCAGGAAAAAAUCGCGUUUGCUGAAAAAUUAACGAAGACAUCGAGAAUGACCGAGUAUGACAUGCUAGAAUUUAUCUUACAUUUGGUGCCGAGAAACCCGGAAAGGAGCAUGAGCAGAGGGCCCCGACCAGCCACCGGUGGCCCUGCCCUCUCCUUCCCCAACCCGGGACCUCAGCCUGCUCUCCACUGCGUGGACUAUUUUCCGAAUAAGAAAAGUACUUCAGCUUCAAAUUCAGACACAGAAAUGAAACCUGAACAACUGCAUCCUUGUGUGAAUCCUGGCAAUCCUGUGUUUUCAUGCAUGUUGGAUCCAAAAACACUCUAUACAGCUACCUCACUAUCUAAACCUAAGAUGAUUAUGUACAAAACCAACUCAAGUAAUUAUGGUGCAUUUUUACCUAUGCCACAGUUUUUUCCCUGCAGUUAUACUCCAAAGGAGCAAGUAUUUUCAAGCCAUAUCAGAGCUACUGGAUUUUAUCAAAAUAACACUCUGAACACUGCACCUGACAGAACCAGAACCCUUGAUUUUCCUAAUUUUCAACAUACUCUGUGAAAAUAUAUUCCUUUGUGUAUUUAAAAGAAACUGUCCUUAGAAAAAAUGAGUUUUAAAUCUGAAGCUAGAAUACCUAAUUUGGGAUAUAAAUUUUUUGAAUUAAAUUAAAAGACUACUUUUAAGAAAUAAAGCAUUUCAAAUGAUAACUGAUUGGCAGUGACUUCUUAAAUAAAAAUAUGUUCAAAAUAGCAGAAUAAAAACUAGAGACUUCCUAGGUUUAUUUAACACAUGUACUCCAAAAGCUUUGAAAGGCUUUCAGUAUCUCAGUUGUCUAGUGAGUAUAUUUAUCAAGACAAAGGAACACAAGAAAUCGAAGAAAAAAUAUGAAUUGAGGAGCACUCUGCCCAGAAUGUUAAUUUCUACUGCUAGGCUCCUGAAAAAAAGGACUUACUAUUCAUUCAUUCGUUUGGCAAAUAUUUACUGAACACCUGUUUAUGGCAGGCACUAUAUUAUGCAAAUAGACCACAGAUAAAAGACAGUGUCCUUUAUUUUUUCAAUGAGCAAUAUUUUGGGGGAAUGAUAUUAACAAAUUAAUGUGGUAAUUUAUGUAAUAAAGUAUGCAAAAGGUCAGACAGAGAAACAGAAUUGCUCAAAUUGAGACCAAGGAAAAGCAUCCUUGAGAAGGUAAAGCCAAAUCAAAGGAAAAAUUGGUCCAGGCAGAAGAAACAGUAUGUAUAGAAGUACACAGAUGUGAGAGUUGUGCGAUAUUUUUAUAAAUGCAAUUAAUUUGGUAUAUCUUUAACUUAGAGUGUGAGCAGUGGCACAUGAUGGGCUAUACAGUUCUUCAAACUGUAAUUCCACAGGAUACAGAGAUUCGUUUUGGGUGCUGUCUUUUGAAACCUCACAUUCAAUUAGGCCUGAGUACCUUUACUGAAAAAAGAAAUCACUUUUUAUUUUUCCCUGUUGGUUUCAGGUUCUGGAUAUUAACAUCAAUUAGAAAGAAUAAUCUUGUGAGACACUAGGGGAUUAGAAAAGUUAGAUCUUCUAUUUACAAAAAUGUUUUGAUGUGAGGUAACAGCUCAAACUCUGCAGCCUAAUGAAAUUCUUCCAAAAUUUGGUAUUUGGUAAUGGCACAAGCAGGAAGAAAAAUUAGUUUUGUUCACUUCCUCUAAAAUAUUAAAAAUCAAGGCACAAGAUUUCAGGGUGAGGGGUGGAGCCAGGAUGGCGGCGUGAGUAGAGCAGCGGAAAUCUCCCAAAACCACAUA